GUACUACAUUCACACCCCCAUUCUACACAUAAAAGAGAAGAGAGGUGCCCCUGCCUCCUCUCUCUCUGAUCCUUUUAUUCUCUCAGACAAUAACACAAGCACAAAACAAUCACAACAUACAAGUAUCUCUGCUUCUUCUGCUUCUGCUUCUGCCUGAUUGAUUUCAGGCGAAAGCUUCUUGGAUCCACACUGAUUGUUGUAGACUCAUUACUUCAGCUGAUCAAUGGCCGACCGAGUCCACCCCCAGAAUUCGCCUCCAACCACCGAGACGGCUACGCCUGAGUACUCCGGCGAGUUGCCGAUCCACCAAAGCUCUCAGCUGCCGUCGGCUAAGCCUGCACCACCGCCUGGAACGUACGUCGUCCAGAUCCCAAAGGAACAAGUCUUCCGAGUCCCUCCACCAGAGAACGCCAAACGCUUUGAGCAGCUCUCCCGCCGCAAGCCUCGCCGGAGCCGGUGCUGUUGCUGCCUAGGCACUCUCCUCGCGGUGCUCGCCUCCAUAAUCGUCCUCGCCGGCAUCGCAGCCGCCGUACUUUACCUCGUGUUCCGUCCUAAAGCGCUGGAUUACUCCAUCGAAAAAGUGGCCAUCAGAGGCUUCAAUCUGACGUCAGCGACGUCGCCGAUUACUCCGGAAUUUGACGUAACUGUACGAGCUGAAAAUCCUAACAAAAAGAUUGGCGUGUACUACGUGGAUGGCAGCUCCGUUAAUGUGGACUACAACGAAGAUAGGUUGAGUACCGGUGCUCUGCCGGUGUUUUAUCAGCCGUCGAAGAAUGUAACUGUUUUCGUGACGGUGUUGCGCGACUCCGGCAUCGUACUCACAAGUUCUUCGCGACAGGCCUUGCUGGAUGCGCAAACCAGUGAAACGGUGCCGUUCAAGGUGGUUAUGAAGGUGCCGGUUAAGUUUAAAAUAGGGUCCAUUAAAACGUGGAAAAUUACCGUUAAGGUGAAAUGUGAUGUAACGGUGGAUAAAUUAACGGCGGAUGCCAAGAUUGUGUCGAAGGAUUGUGAUUAUAGUGUGAAACUUUGGUAGAAGAUUUGUUCUUUUUUUUUUUUCCUUCCCAUUCUACAAUUCUUUCUGAGGUUGUGAAUUGGGAUGUUGUUGUUGUGUGGACAUAUGUAAUAUAAAAUGGGAUUCAUAUCGAUAUUAAAAUAUUCAUUUUUGGGGA